AGCAACAGGAAACAAUAACAACAAAAACAAAAAAGCGUUCAACAAUUGUGGGUGCAGCAAAGUCAUAAUUUUUCGUUUGAAUUCCUCCAUAAAGAUUUCAAGUGAACUCUAAAUUUUGUAGUGUUUAGUAAAUAAGUAAAUAUAAAAAUUCUAAAAUUCCUAAUGAUCUAUAAAAUAUUAUAAAUAUAACAAUUUGCAACAAAAAGUUACUUAUUUUAUACCGAAAAGCUUGAAAAGCGUGAACAUAUUGAAUGGCAUAAGAAGCAAGCAAUCUUGCAUGAUGAGAAUAUCGAGCAUAACUUUGUGAAGAAGAGCUUAAGCCAAAAUGAGCUGAAACAAAAUUAAGUAGUAAAAUAAUAAGAAUACGUGAAGCGAAGACAACUAGAGUAUUGAGUGCUCGCAGCGGUAGUAACGGAGGUGGCAGCGUCUUCACUAGCAACUUAGCUGAUAAAAAAUAUUACAAACCAUUAAUGUUGUUGUGUUACGAGUUGAUGGUGACGGUGAAUGGUCGUCAGCUACGUCGUCAGUCUCUGUCUGCAUUGCUCAACCUUUGCGCUAGUACGUUUUGGCCACAUCACGGAGACGGUCGGAAAACGGCGGCUCGUUACGAUCAAAGCAAAUACGCUUGUAGCGGUAAAACUGGAUUUUGGUUUUCUACAAAAUUGUGCCAUAGCGAAAGAAGUACAAACUAAACACCGAUCAGCAAGCAAACUAGCCAAGCAACUAAUGUAUUAAAAAUUAGCAUAAAAUUCCAUUACGAUUUGGUCAAGAAUUAAAGGCGAAAGUCGGUGAGGUUUUUGUGAUAGCUGCGGUGGAAGUGCUACACUUGUGUGUUGAGUAAUUUAAAUGGGAACAAAUUAUUUUCUAUCAGCACAAUUUGCCACGGUGUACUAGUCCACGGUUAUGUGUACAACGUCGCCGGCGUACACAAUUCCCCGUUCCUUUAAGUUGAUAAAUAGUGAUAAAAAACCACCCACAACUCGUCAACAUUGUACACUUAACCUCGCACUUAGCUAGCCUUUAACAAACACCAAACUACAACAACUAAACAUGUUGCGUUCUUUACGUUCCUUUUACGGCAAAAUUAUAAUUUUUGCAUUGGUAGCGUUCUGCUUUAUACUUUACAUUAAAGUGCUGCAGGUGGAGGACACAAUUCGAGAGACACAAGAUCAAAAUGAGAAAUUAAAAAAGGAAGUGCAUGAAUAUAGCGAUGUACUACCAAAAGAACAACAAGCUGUACACAAAGGACGCAUUAAUCCUCGUCAUCGUGUAAUUGAACGCCCAGAAGAUAAUGAAAUUUUAAAGAAACCAAAACAAACUACACUUACAACAGAAUCGGCGUAUGAGUUAAGUAUACGUUUGGAUUUGGAAAAGCAAAAUCCCGCAUUAGGAGCACUUGGUACGGCUUCACAUUUGACUGGUGAAGCUGCGCGGCGUGGUGAUGAAAUCUACAAAAAAAUAUCAUUGAAUCAAGAACUCAGCGAAAGGUUAUCAUAUAAUCGCACCUUGGCUGAUUCCCGGCAUCCAGCGUGUUUAAAACAGAAUUUUAAUAUACCAACACUACCGAGCACUAGUGUCAUUGUCAUAUUCUACAAUGAACCAUAUUCAGUGCUUGUCCGUACAGUGCAUAGUACAUUGAAUACAUGUAAUGAGAAGUUAUUGAAGGAAAUCAUUUUGGUUGAUGAUGGUAGCUCAAAUGAGGAGCUACAUGGCAAAUUGGAUUAUUACAUCAGUACGAGAAUACCUAAUGGCAAGGUGAAAGUGUUGCGUUUGAAGAAUCGCCUCGGUUUGAUACGUGCCCGUUUGGCCGGUGCUCGUAUUGCCACCGGCGAUGUAUUAAUCUUUCUUGACGCCCAUUGUGAGGCGAAUAUCGGUUGGUGUGAGCCGCUCUUGCAACGCAUUAAAGAAUCACGUACCAGCGUGUUGGUGCCUAUUAUUGAUGUCAUCGAUUCGAAAGAUUUCCAAUACAGCACAAAUGGUUAUAAAUCGUUUCAGGUUGGUGGUUUCGAAUGGUCUGGCCACUUCGAUUGGAUUGAGGUGUCGGAUCGUGAGAAGAAGCGACAAUUGCGCGAAUGCGAUCAACCACGUCAAAUAUGCCCUGCUUACAGUCCGACAAUGGCGGGCGGUUUAUUCGCGAUCGAUCGGCAUUACUUUUGGGAGAGUGGCAGUUAUGAUGAGCAGAUGGACGGCUGGGGUGGUGAGAAUCUCGAGAUGUCGUUCAGGAUUUGGCAAUGCGGUGGCACAAUCGAGACGAUACCUUGUUCGCGUGUGGGACAUGUCUUCCGUGAUUUUCAUCCAUACGAAUUUCCCAACGAUCGCGACACUCAUGGCAUUAACACCGCACGCAUGGCACUCGUCUGGAUGGACGAUUAUGUGAAUCUCUUCUUCCUCAAUCGACCGGACAUGAAAUUCCAUCCGGAUAUUGGUGAUAUGACCCACCGCAAGUUGCUGCGCAAGAAAUUGCGUUGCAAAAGUUUCGAUUGGUAUUUGGAAAAUAUUUAUCCGGAAAAAUUCGUACCCAAUAAAAAUGUAAUCGCAUACGGACGUGUCCGGGCAUUGAGUAAAGAUCUAUGUCUCGAUGAUUUAACACAAAACAAUGAGAAACCCUAUAAUUUGGGCAUAUUCUGGUGUGCCAAAACGUUGAGCAAAUCACAAUUCUUUUCGCUAACCAAUACACAAGUGCUGCGCAAUGAAUUGAGUUGUGCAACUGUGCCGCACGGCGAUGGUGGGGAUGUGCGUGUGGUGAAAAUGGUACCGUGUAUGGAUAAUGAUGACUACAAUGAACAGUGGAGCUAUGAGGAGGAGCAUAUUAUACACUUGAAUACCGGUUUGUGUUUGGAUCAUAAGGAAUUGCGUAGUUCCGAUGAGAUACAAGUGGCGCGCUGUGAUAGUGACAGUGAGACGCAACGCUGGAUAAUACAGCAUGACAAAACGCUGUGAAAGUGAGCGUACAGUUGUAGAGUGUUAAGUUUAAAGUCAAAGCCAUUGUGUAAAUAAAUAUUG